AUGGUUCUCUCCCAGCGAUUCAACUGUGCUCAUCUUGGCAAUCAAGAAUUUGUGUUGAGGGCUGACGAUGACGCACUUCACAACGAGAUAAUCGAUGAAUUGUAUCUUUCUGCAGGAAGAGCGGGAGUUGAUUUCGUGUUGCAAGAUGGUAGGCGCCGUUUCGAAGGCUCCGGCGACAACUUGCGUCAGAUGCUCCAGGCAAUCAACUCCGGAGGCGGAGGUUUGAAAGUCCUUGAUGAUGGCUACGACAUUGUUUUCAUCACCCUUCCUAGCAAUGGUGAGAAGUUACACAGUGUCGCGGCAGGAGUUUUUGGUGGACUGGUGGCUGGUGUAGCUGUAGGUGCUGCCAUAGGCGUUACUUUGAUUUCCGGAGGAUCCGCAUUCCUCGUUGCUGCUGAACUGGCUACCGCCGGUACGGAAGCCGUUGCGGUUCAAUCAGCUGCGAUGGUUGGAGUCAAAUACGGCGGACUUGCUGGAGGAGUCGCAGGUGGACAUAAAGGUUGGCAGCUGGCUGGAUCCGACAAGAGCAAGCGCGUCGAAGGCAUGAAGGCUGGUGCAAAGACUGCUGCGGCAGCGACGGCGACAGUCUCACUAGGGCACCUGGUCUCGCUUGCUGACCAUGCAGCAGUAAAAGCUGCUGUGAAGAAAACGUUAGAAACCACGACGAUGGAAAAAGCGGUGAAAACAAUACUUCGUCCAUUGGCACUGUCAGUUGGAGCUCAUACGGCGAUCGAUGGAGACGGAUAUGAAGGCGUAGCCAGGCUGGUGGACCCAGUCAGAGCAUUCAUUGAAAGCUUGAGCCUGGAUAUCUACAACUAG